CCUCUUUUAUUUUCCUUCCCCUUGACUUCCGCUGCUUUCUUCUCUCUGAUCAUUUUUCGCCAUUUGGUGUCUCCACUGCCCCUUUUCGCGUUCCUUUUACAGCCAUAAGUUGACGUCCUGUUCAGGACUAAAGAAGAGAUAAUGUUUAAGGGCUUUGCUGUGUAGAUGAAUCAACCUUGAAUUGGAUUACAAUGAACUUUACCUGCUUUGACUUAUUAAAUUGCUGGAAAGGGAACGACAGUCACAGCCAGCAACAGCCAGAUGAGAUUGCCACCAAUAAUGUGAGGGUCUUCUCUUAUAAUUCGUUGAGAUCAGCAGCAGGAAAUUUUCAUCCUUCAAAGAGAAUUGGUGGAGGUGGUUUUGGAGUUGUCCAUAGGGGAGUGUUAAGGGAUGGCACUCAAGUGGCGAUCAAGUGUCUUUCUGCAGAAUCUAAACAGGGAAAGCAUGAAUUCAUGACAGAGAUUAAUAUGAUAUCAAACAUACGACAUACAAAUCUUGUUGAGCUCAUUGGCUGCUGUAUAGAGGGCGGUCAUCGGAUACUGGUCUAUGAAUAUAUGGAGAACAACAGUCUGGCAACUUCUUUACUUGGUUCAAAACGUAAACACAUUGCCAUGGACUGGUCUAAGAGAGCUGCUAUUUGCCUUGGUACAGCGACUGGUCUUGCAUUUCUUCAUGAGGAAGUUGAACCACCUAUUGUCCAUAGGGAUAUUAAGGCUAGUAAUAUACUUCUUGAUGGAAACUUACAGCCAAAAAUAGGGGACUUUGGGCUGGCAAAACUUUUUCCAGACAAUGUCACUCAUGUCACUACUCGAGUGGCUGGAACAGUGGGAUAUCUGGCCCCAGAGUAUGCCCUGCUAGGACAGCUUACCAAAAAGGCUGAUGUGUAUAGUUUCGGUGUGCUCAUACUUGAAAUAAUUAGUGGGAGAAGUAGCAGCAAGGCAGCAUUUGGGGAGGAUCUGUUGGUUCUGGUUGAAUGGGCGUGGAAACUGAGGAAGGAAGAAAGGCUUAUGGAUCUUGUUGAUCCAGAACUGACUGAAUAUCCAGAGGAUGAAGUGAGGCGCUUCAUUAAGAUUGCACUCUUUUGCACCCAAGCAGCUGCACACCAAAGACCCACCAUGAAGCAAGUAUUGGAGAUGCUUUCCAAGAAUGUCAACCUUAAUGAGAAGGCACUAACAGAACCAGCAGUGUACAGGAGUCAGACCUCUCAAAACUUGGGAGGCAGUUCAGAUGAGACAUCGUCUUCCCAAAAGAAAAAAGGCAAGAAAUCAGCACAUCCUCCUGUAACCUCUACCCAGUUAGAUAGUGAUCAAAGUGUGACAGAGAUGUUCCCCAGGUGAUGCAUUGGCUACUUCUUCAUACUCACGGUUGUUCUUGUUGUUUAAUCUUGCUGACCACAAUAUAGGAGCCUGUAAAAGUACCAGCUCCUUGUCAAUUCUCCCUCCUUAGGCCUGGCAAUCUUUUACUCAGCAAUGUUCUUUAGGUGAAAUUAAAUUUUUGUUCAGAGAAUGGUUUGGGGGCAAUGAGAAUAAGGUAGUAGUGUUUACACCACAUGUAGUCUAACCUAGUUCAAUCCAGUUGCUGAAAGCAUAUUACUCAACCGCUAAAAUCAGGUUCCAGUCCUCAACUUCCAAUCUCCCAACUAAAAAAGGUCUAUACCAUAUGUGUAUACAAAGGUAAUCAGUUGAUUUAUGUGUUAUUCCUUCUUUUUGAUUCCUUUCUAUUGAUUAAUUGUUUUAUUUUUCUC